GGCAAACUUGACCCCAACACCGUCGUCUUCGAGCUAGCAGACUUGUCGUUCGUGUCUCCACUGCGCAAGAAGCUGAACUUGGUGGUGUCGAUCAACAGAUCGACCCAGAAGCCCAUGAUAUCCUUGUUCAAGCAAGGCAGCGACCACAGCGAAUGGACACUGAACGACACAAGCAGUGCCAACAUUCGCUUCGCCACGCUGCUACCCUCAAGGGAGAAGCACCAGAACCAGUACCUCGUGAUCUUCUACCGAGAGGGCUCCUCCUCCAAGGACAGCGACCCGAUGGUGUGCACCUUCACGACAUCGUCGCUGGUGCAGCAGCUCCAGCAGUCGGGCAAGCUGAAGAACGGACAGGAGCUUCAGGAGCUCCUGUCACGCCAGUUUCUGCUGGCGGGCUUCAAGCUCCAGCAUGCCUUCACGCACAAGUCGUUCCACGUGCAAGCACACAGGGGCACCAAAGAGGGCGUGCUGUACUUCCUGGCUAACCACAUCCUCUUUGGCUUCAAGAAGCCCAUCUUGCUGUUCGAGUCGCACGAGAUCGGAUCCAUCCAGUACUCGAACAUCACACGGAUCACGUUCAGCGUCACAUUGAUUCUGACCACCGGCGAACGGGUAGAGUUCAGCAUGAUCGACCAGGAGGAGUUCGGUGCGAUUGACUCGUACGUCAAGGGAAGACAGGUUACAGACAUGAGCAUGAGCGACGAGCUGAAGGCCAAACCACUGAAGGGAGCCUCCCAGGGUGGUGAGCUGGACAGAGCUGAAGAGGAGGCCGUGGACGUUGGCCAUGAGGAGGAGGACGAAGAGGAGGAGGACGACGAUUACACAGGUGGCAAUGCCGAGAUCGACGACACGAGCGACGUCUCCGGGGAUGAGGAGGAUGAGGAGGACGAGGACGAGGAGGAUGAUGAGGAAGACAGGGAGAUCGAGCUCAACAGUGAUGAUGAUUGA